AUGAUUCGACCGUAUCGACGCAGCGAAUUAUCAACAGACUCAGACUCAGACCCCGACUCAGACUCAGACUCAGACGACAACAGUCAUCGAGGUACCGCAAGCCACCGCGGCCAGGAACUGAAGCGUGAAAUGUACUACUGUCAAAAGUGCAUCGACACGAAGUUUGAUAAGAAAUGCUACUAUGAGCUUCUCAAUGACACUCUCAAUUGGAGAGUAUGCAAGAAGGGUCAUGAUUUCUUACACAUCCCGGAGUGGAACCCUGAAGCCGUUGCGCAUCAUACCCAGGAUCAGAUACAGGUCGGCAAGGAACUCAUAACGAUCAAGGAAUGGGUCUCAAGGCUCAAGCACGAGUACUGCCCAGGCGUAGAUCUAACCUAA